AUGGACAAAUUAAACUGGCUAGAUCCAUUAGAGAUUCACCUUUCUGGUUUGAAUAUAGUGGGUUCUUCUAGUGUUAAUGGAAUUCUUUGCUUUGUCGUCGAUAAGAAACGUUCUGGGUAUUUAUGGAAUCCAGCUAUUGGUGAAUUAAAGGCCAUUCCUCAUAGUCCUAUUGAGUAUCUACCAUUUCAUGUCUUUCCUAUAAUGAGAUAUUUGGGCUUCGGUUAUGAUUGCAUUAGAGAUGAUUAUAAGGUGAUUAGAAGUAUGCAACCUGAUAACAGUGCAGACAUGGAUUAUACUGAAUGGGAUUACACACCCUUAUAUGAGAUUUAUAGCUUAAGAAGUAACUCUUGGAGAAAAGUUAAAAUUGAUGUCAAUAUUUUAGAAGAUGGUGGAAUUGGUGGUGAUAUCUACCUUGACGGAAUGUGUCAUUGGUUAUCAAAUAUUGGUGCUGAUGUGUCUUUGAUAUCAUUUGACAUGAGCAGUGAGACAUAUUAUACAACUCCUACAGACAUAUGUUAUGAUUUUUGUAGAGAUUUUGCGAUGAGCUAUUCUGCUUUAUCAGAGCUUUUGAAGAUACAGCUUGUACAGUUUGACAGAGCUUGA